UUUUUUAAAUUUACUUAUAGUUUCGUAUCUUCAAGGUAAUCAAGUUUUGUGAUCCGAAUUUUCGGUACCUGAAAAAAAUUUGUAUUUGGUAAACAUUAAUGGAGCACUAGAGUAACUUGUAACUUGUCUGACGAGAAAAUCACUCAUUGGAAUGUUGCCUCUACAAACUCUGUUGCUCAUCUUCUGCCUGAUGUUCUGCCCGUCUUGUGAAUGUGCUAAAGAUUACGUCACAGCUCUAGCAGACUCCAUUUUGUUUUUCGAUGCCCAGAGGUCAGGUCCACUUCCGGCUAACAAUCCAAUCAAAUGGAGAGGUAACUCAGCUCUUGGUGACUGUGUGGUAGGAGGAUGGUACACUGGACCAGACCAUCUCAAGUUUGGACUGCCCAUGGCUUCAGCAACGGACUUUCUCUUGUGGUCAGUGUACAAAUGGAAAGAUUCCUACGUUCGAGCUGGACAGUUGACCCAAAUGUACGACAUGGUCAAAUGGCCGCUGGACUACUUCCUGAAAGCAUGGAACUCCACUAAACAAGAACUUGUCUACCAGGUGGGCGAAGAGAAUAUAGAAUACUCUUACUGGGGACGUCCUGAGGACAUGACUCAUCCGAGACCUUGUAAAGUAGCCAGUGCAGCCCAUCCGGGCAGUGAUGUUGCUGGGGCCACAGCCGCAGCUCUAGCCUUGGGUCAUCUUGUGUUUAAGGACAAAGGCGACACAGUUUACAGUAAUCAGCUGUUGAAUGCUGCAAAAAGUCUGUACAAGUUUGCUACUGAUCACAAAGGUUCUUACCAAACAGACACAUUCCCUUCUGAGAAGUACACAGACGAGUUGUGCCUGGCCUCAGUCUGGCUGUACAGAGCGACACAUACUGUCCAAUACCUGAACGAGGCCAAGACUUACAUAGACAACGAUGACAUUUACGCGCUGACUCAGGACUCCAAAGAUCUUGCCUGUAGACAGCUGCUGUAUGAAGAAACGCAUGAGGACUCUCACAAAACUGCCGUGGUGGAUUACUUUAACAACUGGCUACCUGGGGGAACUGUACAGUAUACCCCAUGUGGCUUGGCCUGGCGUAUGAAAUGGGGACCUUUAGGAACUGCUGCAAAAUCCGCCUUCUUGGCUCUGGUGGCCGCUGACUCUGGUAUAGAGAUAGAUAGAUACCGGAAGUGGGCGGUGGAACAAAUCAACUAUAUUCUAGGAGAUAAUCCACACAACGGCGGCUGCUUCAGCUUUGAGGUGGGAUACAGCUCCAGGUAUCCCCUGCAGCCCCAUCACCGCGGGGCGUCCUGCCCCGACAGACCAGCUCACUGCGACCUUGCACAGUACAGCGCUGACACGCCCAACCCACAAGUACUGACUGGGGCCAUAGUCGGUGGUCCAGACGAGUACGACCAGUACCUAGACGUCAGGCCAGACUGGGUGUACAACGAGGUUCAGGUGGACUAUAACUCAGGCUUUCAAGCAGCAUUGGCUGGCAUAGUGCAUCUCUUAAGCAUCAACUUGCUGCCAACUACCAACAACAAAUGUCCAUGUAAUCAAUAAAUAGCAAGAAAUGUU